CUGCCCUUUAUGUAUGAAUGGUAAAAACAGGAAGUUAUUUUUUUCUCCUCUCCAGGUUACUUCAACUUCUGCCUCUACCGAUAUCUCUGGCAACACCUCUGCAAUCAGUGAACAUUCAGACUCCAUCCUUCAUCUUCUAACUCAUCAAAGAAAAGACAUGUGAAACAUUGGUGGUAGUCUCGGAUAGAAAUUUUUAUCCACAAUGAUCCAUCUCCCAGACAAAAGUAUCCAGAAUGCCAACAUGGUCUUCUCCUGUGGGGCCAUACUCAUGUUGGUAACGGGCAUCGUCAUGGAAAACUGGGUGGAAUUAAUUCCCAAACUGAGAAAGGAAAAGACUACCCACAGUCCAUGGCUGGGUUGCUGCCCUGCUUAUUGGCCUGAAGGUAGCCUGGGGAUAAUCAAAAGCAUGAUGAUGAUGAGUCUCAACAUAGCCAUGUAUCUUAACUUGGCCUUAGGUCUUCAGUACACCUCUAUGAUCUCUCAAAAUAAGUGUGUGCACCUCAUUAUUGGCUUCAUGAAUUUCUUCACAGGUUGCCUUUUGUUCUAUGCAGUCUCUAUGUAUUAUCACAAGCUAAAUAAAGGUCAAGAUGUAUACUUCGUUAGUUACAAGGUCAAACGGAUCACUUUCACUGUCUACUUAGCCAUCGCACUAUUUCUUACCUGUGGUAUCUUCUGUUUCAUACAAUCCUCAAAUAGAUGUGCCUGCUUACUGAACAGAGAAGGCAGUGGCAAAAAGCUGAAUGGAAAUUCAAUCCAAGUUAUUUCCCUUCCAGAGCGCACUAUAAUGCCUCGGAGCAUUGUCCAUGUGCACUCCACCAUCUCAAAGGAUGGCAGCUUGAACAAGCCACAUGUCCAAACGCGUCGUGUAACCUGGGCUCUAUGACUUAACAAUAUCGACCUUUUGCCCAUUGCUAUGGAAGUGGCUGUAUGUAUGUGUGUGCACGUGUGUGUGUGUGUGUGUAUAC